AUGGCUUCCGCCGAGGGCCACCACAGCGAAAUUGCUUCACUUGAUCUAGCCAAAGCCUACGAUACCACAUGGCGCCAUAACAUAAUCGAUCAACUCCACCGAUGGGGUUUUGAAGGCUCCCUCUUCAACAUUCUUCGCUGUUUCCUCACCAAUCGAAGCUUUCAAGUUUACUUCGGAGGAGUACUUUCGGAUAACCGUUGCCUAGAAAACGGAGUACCACAAGGUUCGGUUCUAUCAGUUUCCCUCUUCCUCGUUGCUAUGCAGUCGGUUCUAGAGGUUAUCCCUAAAAACACCGAGGUACUGGCCUAUGCAGACGAUCUACUGCUGAUGGCAAGAAAUCCUUUCCCAGAAAUGGCCCGCAGAAGACUGCACGAAGGAAUCUCGGCUGUUAGUAACUGGGCAAAUUCCAUUGGGUUUAAGUUUUCGGCAGAGAAGUCUAAUAUAAUGCACUACUGCAAAUGUAAAGGUCAUAGGAAAAGGUUUAGAACAUGUCUAAUCAAUGGCAUGCCUAUUAAGAGAGUCAGCUCAGUCCGAAUUCUCGGAGUGAUAGUUGACAGUAAACUAUCUUUCGGACAACACCUCAGAAAUGCUAAAGCUAAUAUGAAGUACCGCCUGCGGCUGGUGAAAGCUUUAGGUGGCCGAUGCCGCUUGAGUUCUCGUAAAACCAUCUGCAACAUAGGCAAAAGCAUUAUCUUCUCUAGAAUUCGUUACGGCAUCGAACUUUUCAGCCGUGCCUCUUGGGCUCAUUUGAAUCACUUAAAGCCUGUCUACCAUAGUGUGAUUAGAUAUGCAUCAGGAGCCUUUCAGAUCAGCCCAAUUAACGCUCUGCUUGUGGAGGCUGGCGUAGUUCCUUUCGAACACUUCCUCACAAAUAUGCUAGCCACUAAAGCCAUCCAGACGUCCGAGAAAUACCCGGAUCUUCUAUCCAUUUACUCCAGAGCCAACAUUUGGCUGCAAAACAUUAGCCAAGUCACCCUUCCGACUAUUGCCCCAUUAAGCAGAGUUGGUCAACAUCCAUGGCACGCACAUCCGCCAAAGAUAGACUGGUCAAUCAAAAAUGCUGUUAGGGCUGGGGAAGCCAGCAGCAUUGUUACGGCCUGUUUUAAUAACCACUUCCAUAACAAGUAUCACACCCACCACAAAAUCUUCACAGAUGGGUCUUUUGAUGGAAACCUAACAGGGUUUCGAGUUUUUGCUAAUAACACGGAGCUAAAAUUCCAACUGCCUUCCAUAUGUUCGGUAUACUCCGCCGAAAUUGCCGCUCUCCUUGUCGCGACAUCACUCUGUGAUAACGACAGUAAAGUGGUGAUCUUCUCAGAUUCCUAUAGUGCAUUACGGGCCCUACAAAGUGGCGAUAGUAAACACCCUUGGAUACAAAGCAUUGAGGAAAAAAUUACAGGGAAGGACAUCACUUUCUGCUGGGUCCCAGGGCACUGUGGAAUCCAGGGUAAUGAACAGGCUGAUCGUCUCGCCAAGGAGGGUAGGCUCUCCGAACUAUGGACUACCUCCCCCCAGCAAAAGACACCAUCAGAUGGGUCAGUCAAUCCCUCAGAUUGA